AUGGAGUCUCAACCGACAGCCAAAACGCUACACAACCGUAUCAACCAUAACAUCUCUCAGCUGCUCCAACGCUUCGAGAAUAUCAUGGCAACAGCAACAGUCGAGAACACAAGCCACACCUCCACCGCCGUCGAAACCUACCAACUCGACGUCGAAUCAACAGCCUUGAUCCGCGCAGCCGAAGACAUCCUCUCCCUAACCCGCGCAAUGAAAGAAAUCUGGCUCUUUGGAAAACUGGACACACUGGGUGAAGAUGAACGCGAUAUUAAGCGGAGGGAGGAAUUGGAGGGUGAUGCGGAGGCCGUGCAGAAAGUCAUCGAGGAGGUUUUGAAGUAA